UGCAUCAGGUAGCUAAUAGCCAGGACUCGAGCAGCUCCGAUGCAGUCGUCAUCGAAGCCAUGGCGGAUGGCCAAUUGGUUCCGCUGGCCGAAUCGGCCCGAGCCGCCCGCCAGAUGCAAUUCGACGAUCGAGGCGCUUGCCUCACGGCCAAAGGCGCCGUCGGCAAAUGCGGCACCUUCAAGGAGUGCUUCCCCUACUUCAAGAUACCGGACAUCGGCGCCCUCGACGGCUGGGUCCUGGGCAUCUACGACACCUGCAGCUAUGUCCAGAACGGCCGGCUCAGCUUCGGCAUUUGCUGCGCCGAUCCGCCCAAAUUGCCGAUCGAGCCUGGCCAGACGACCGAGCCGGCCAAUUCGGCCGCUGCACCGAGCGACGACGUAGCGGGACCGAUCGUCGAGCCCGCCGACGACGACAACGACCAAUUGGUAAACCGAGGCGGGCGCUACCCGAUCGAGGGCAGCUGGCCACCACCGCUGCCGACCCACCCGCCGUACCACACGAUUCCACCGCUGCCCACUCAUCCGCCGGGCUUCGGCACGAGGCCGCCGACCACUUGGCCCACCAAGUACCCGCCGAGCAGUUCGCUGGUCUCGCGGCCCACCGUGCCCAUCGUGACCAUACCGACGACCCCGGGCCCCGUUCAGCAGUUCCCGCCCUCGUCUCUGGGAGGAUCCUGUGGCGCUAAAAACGGAGAUCAAGAUUCCGGCAAAAUCGUCGGAGGAACGACCACCCAACCGGGCGAGUGGCCCUGGAUCGCUGGUUUAUUCAACGCGGGCAGACACAUUUGCGGUGGCUCGCUCAUCGACGACAGGCACAUACUCACCGCCGCUCACUGCGUCGCCCAAAUGACCUCGUGGGACGUGGCGCGUCUGACUGUGCGCUUGGGCGACUAUGACAUCAAGACGCCGAACGAGGUGAGGCACGUCGAGAGGCGCGUCCAGAGGGUGGUGCGCCAUCGAGGAUUCGACAUGCGCACCCUGUACAACGACGUGGCUCUGCUGACCCUCAACGAGCCGGUGCAGUUCAGUGAGACCAUCAGACCUGUUUGCCUACCAUCGGGCGCCAAUCUUUACUCUGGCAAACGAGCUACGGUCAUAGGAUGGGGAUCGCUCAGAGAAGGGGGCCCAGCACCAGGAAAAUUGCAGCAAGUAACAAUUCCCGUUUGGUCCAACGCUGUGUGUAAGCAGAAAUAUGGAAGUUUUGCGCCAGGCGGAAUCGUUGAGAGCUUCCUCUGCGCUGGACAGGCGGAGAAAGAUUCGUGCUCGGGAGACAGUGGCGGUCCUCUGAUGGUAAACGACGGCCGCUGGACCCAAGUAGGCAUCGUCAGCUGGGGUAUCGGAUGUGGAAAAGGCCAGUUUCCAGGUGUCUAUACACGCGUGACGCAUUUUCUCCCCUGGAUUUCCAAGAAUUUAAAAUAAACAUUUUACAUUUUUAUCUGAUUCUGGCUUUCUCCAACAAGCGCCGUACAUUUCUUUCAUAGUCAUAGUAAAGAUUAGUUCUUCUUUAGUGAAAUUACUCGUGACGAACGAUUACUAUCGCGUUGGUCAGUAGAAUUCUCUUGAUCUCUUUCGACAAUAAUUUCAUUUUUUUUUUUAAUAUAUUAGCUUCUAAGUUGUUUUAAAAAUAAUUUCUCAUUUAAUUUUUUCUCAAAGAGUAAGGCUUAUGUUAAUCGAUUUGUUCUAAAUACGUCAAACUUAUUGAACUCUUCGAGAACUUUUUUAUCUCAUCUACAUCAAAAUUGUCUUUCGCGGUAUCAAAAUGCGAGACGUGAACACGAUGAGAAUUUCUCUCUAUGUGGUAGCUUAUAUCACAACUUCUGUGGUUUUUUUCUGAUGAUAUAAUUUUUUUUAUUGUUACUCUAUUGGUUUUUUGUUUAUUUUAUCGAAACGUCUGACUAU